AUGGCGUUGAGAGGCGCGGCGGGGAGCCCCGUCCCCGUGGAGAAGAUGAGCUUGGAGCAGCUGAAGGUCAUCAAGGAGCAGUCGGAUCUGGAGGUCAAUCUGCUGCAGGACAGCCUCAACAAGAUCAGGACGGCUGCCACUCGGCUCGAGAUUGCCUCCAACGCCCUUCAGGACCUCUCCCUUCGUCCACAAGGCAUCUGCUCGUCUCUCUGUUUCUCUCUGUGAAUCUGUCUCGAUCUCUUCAUCGCCCUCCAAUGUCUGCUCGACGGAUUAUUAUUUCCGUCUAACUCAUCGGGGGGUGUUGUUUUCCUGUUCUUUGCGUGUGCAGGGAAGAAGAUGCUUGUGCCGCUCACGGCUUCACUCUACGUCCCUGGCACGCUUGACGACGCGAACAAGGUCCUGGUCGACGUCGGCACCGGCUACUUCAUAGAGGUUUCUUUUCAUUCUCUUCAGUCUAUGUCCUCGGCAUGUCAGGCCUCCUUCGAUUGGAUCCACACUUGACGGGUAGAGCAUGGUGGCUCUGCUAGUCGCUGUCGCGUUGUUGCAUUCUUAUCACGGUGCCUAGUCAUUCUAUGAUUUGACGACCGAUUUCACGGGUAUGCAGAAUACUGCGCACCCGAAUCUUAUUUUAGGGGUGCUGGCGAGGGUCAGGGUGUGUUGUUGGUAGGUUUUUUUGUACUCUGUAAUUGACACAAUGACUAAGCAUACUUCGCCUAAUUGAACCAUUACCUGAAAAUUCGUCUAUGACCAGGCUUCUGAAUUAGUUCAUGUAGGAAGCAUGUUUUGGGAGAAUUUUAGGUCGUUACAAUCAUUUUCAUUGCUGUUACUGUUUAUAUUACCGUUAUUCUCUACGAAUAUUGACAUAUCAAAUAUUAAUCGGCACUAAUGGUAAUUAACUACGUUCCCUCAGGUAAUAAGGCAGAGUUGCCUUAUUCUCGAUUAUAUAUAGUUCCGUAAUUCGUUCAGAGUUGGUUUAUUCGCUUGUCUAUCAGCCGCAUCACGGUGCUAUAGUUUUCUUCAAAGCCGAGUCAUUCUCAUACACUGCGUAGGAAAUUCCAGAAUAACUAAAGAAAACGGCAUUUGUUCUCAACAGGUCUGUGUCCCAUGGUUCCCGUUUAUGGUCUCCUGAACAAAAUUAUAUAGUCGUGCUGUGCAUAUUUUGGGACUCUGGACAUAACUCAUUUGUGCUAGCAGAUGUCUUAAGAUGUGCAGUGCAGGGACAGAGAAGGGCUGGCAUUCAAUAUAUAUAUGUGCUUUCUUUUUUCUUCUUUCUUGGGGAAAUGUGACAGGAAAGCAUCACGAUUGGUAUGCUAAAUGCACUAACAUGGCUCCUACGAUGAAGAGAGUAGGUUUUGUGCUUGAGUAUUAGCCACCACAGAAGUGAGUCAAAUUUGGACCUGUUCUAUCCCACACAAUGAACUCAAGAAAAGCUAAAGAAAAUGGAAUCAAUACUUUCUUCAAUGUAUAACUUUUGUUUUCAUUUCUAGUUUUGUGGAACGUUGAAGAGUUUUGAUGCUUGGACGAUUUCAUCAAUUCAUAUUUUACAUGCUUAUCAGAUGUUAUGCUGUUUUGAAAUGUGCACUUGUGGACUUUAUUUGUGGAAGAAGAACAACCUUGUUGAGAAGAAAAUACUUUCAUUAUAAAGAAAAUAUGUAAAAUAUUUCAUCAUUUCUCAUCUCUUAGUUUUUCUAUAAUCUUGAUAUUAGUUAUCGAUUCUGUUUCCUCAAUCAUUUCGUGGAGCAGAAAACAAUGGCUGAAGGCAAAGAUUACUGUGAACGGAAAAUCAACCUGCUAAAGUCAAAUUAUGAUGAACUUGUAGAGGUAUGUAUCCAAGCACGAGACCAUAUUAUGCUUUCAGUUUCCUUUCUCUGAUACCGUAGCUUUCCUUGAGAUUGAAUAAUCUGUAUAUUCCUCUCUCUGGAGGAACUAAUAUUGCAAGAUAUCGUGCUUCUGUGUAUGGACAAGUAACUAAAUGCGUCAAUUUAUUUUGUCACAAGCAUCGAAGCUUGGUUUUGCCUUGAACAUGGUGCAAUGGCCAAGUACCUGAGCCCCAUAUGUAGCUACUGAUGCUAGUGGGCCCAUUUUAUGAUAUAUCUACUCGGCAUCGCAGCAUUCACUUCAUGAAUUAUGUGAAAAUUAGAGAGAGAGAGAGAGAGAGAGAGAGAGAGAGAGAGAGAGAGACACACACACACACACACACACACACACACAGAGACAGAGAGAGAGAGAUCAACAUGGUUGACUCUCGUAUGAUCCCCUUUUCAUUCCACAUCAACAUAAUUCAGGUUUGGUGGCAGCUCCUUUCUGCCGGGUGGGCAAGAACUAACCAAGAAGGGCAAUAAUUUUUAGCCUUCGUCAAGGACCAGGCCCUCCAUUUUUGCAGGAACGCUGUUCACUUCGCUCUCAUUCCCUUUCAUUUAUCUAAUGUUCUUCUGGUUCGCAUACAUUCUCCUCUCCCUCAACGGCUUCGCGUUCUUCGCAGGUGGCUUCCAAGAAGAAGGCCGUGGCCGAUGAAGUCGGGGCACUGCUGCAAGCGAGGUUCAGGCAAGCGUCCACACCACCCUGA